CUCUUCUUUUUCUCUUUUUCUUGCGCGAAAUACAACUUCACCCGUCGCCAUAUCACAGAUAACAUGUCAGGAGUAAAAGUUAUAUGUCGAGUUCAGGCACUUUAUUCCUUUCAGUCAAACGAUCCCUCAUCGCUUUCUUUUGCUCAAGAUGAUCUUAUUGACGUCUUGAACAAGCUGCCUUCUGGUUGGUGGGAUGGCUUAUGUAAUGGUGUUCGAGGUUGGUUUCCUAGCAACUAUGUCAAAGUGAUUGAAGAACAACCUGAUGAUGAAGAAGACAUACUUCCACCCGAAACAAGCAAUAAACAAGAUGAAUAUCGUCUCAGUAUGGUCUUUACUGAUCAUACCACCGAGAAUUCAAUGCAGGGCAGUAACUGGAUCAUGCAGCGAACAGAAGAUGGUUCUGGCAUUUAUUAUUACAAUCCAGUCACUGGCGAAAUGAAGGUCAAUGAAGAUGAAACAAUCAAAUACAACUAUGUUCGUGAAUCUACCAUGUUGCCAGACAGCGAAUAUGAAUCUGACCAUGUAUCUACCAUUGAUUUGCCAAGCUGGUCUGACCAAAGUACAACACAUUCUUCUAUUGAUGAUAGGCAUUGGAUCCGUGUAACACCACAACAAAGCAAGCCUUGCUUUAGCGACACAAACAGUAUUGCUUCUCGAUCUUCUAACGAAAUGAAACACCCUAUUCCUCCACCUCAGUUAUUACCAAGAUCACCCUCUCGUAGACCUUCUGUACGACGUAUUGAUGCUUCAGAGCCUCUUAGUUGGACUAAGCUAUCGAGCAGUAUUGCUAUUGCUCUUCACCAACUCACAUCAGCAGCUAAAAAUGGCCAACAUAAUAUGUAUUACAAAAACUCAGUUGACAUUGUGAAUUCAAUACGAUUCAUGUUGAUGGCCUCGUCUACUAUCGAUAAAGAUUCCAAUUACAUUAAAUCAAACAGUACACUUCGCUCUCAUCAUCGUGCUAUGAUGGCCAGCAUGUCCAAACUUGUCUUGACCGCACAGACUUCCCACACUGCAUUUUCCACAGACGAUGAACAUCAAAUCACAGCCAAUAAACUAUUGGCUGAAUCCAGCGAACUUUUAAUGAUGGUCCGAAACUUUGUAAAUACAUGUCAAGAACUCAAGGUGCCUUUGACUCAUGCAGACCCACAAUGGAUCGAGGACGAAGAAACAUUGACCUCAAGAAGACCUUCCAACAGCAACCGAUAUAGUCUUCAAGUCAAUUUGGCUGAAAACCUAGAAACCAUGGGUACUUGUAUUCAAGAUUCUGCAGAGACAAUCAUCAAAUGUAUUGCGUUUACUUUAAAAAAAGAAGAAGACAAUACAAGUCUGUCGCAGGACGACAGAGCAUCAUUGGCAGCACUGUUAUUUACUCAUUUUAGAAACCUCUCUAACCAAACAGGGUUAUUUUUGGGCUAUUUGGAGGAGACUGAUUUUUCAGCUGUACAACAACAAGCUGAAAUGAACGAUCUUAAGUUGGGUAAGCAGGCCUUAGCAGACGGUCUUGGUCUUUUGUUUUUCAAGCUACAAGCCUUGACAAGCGAAGAUAAGGUUAACUUUCAGACAAGUUUGAGAGAGACAGAAAGUGCUGCUGGUAGCUUGUUUGAACCUAUCGAACAUAUCUGUGAAAGUGUGCAUCGAUUGGCCACGAGAAAUCGCAGCAGAAGCAACAGCACAGCUUCCUUUUUAGCGCUGCCCGAUCCCAAGACAUUAUCUAAAAAGACAUCCUCACUCAACACAGACGAAUCUAUUAUUCACGAAGACGACGAAGACGACGAAGACGACGAAGACAAACAAGAAGGCGAUACUACACUGCCAGAUGAAAACGACCAUGAUAAGCGCAGCAGUAAAAGUAGCAGUGAGAAGAUCAGACCAUCUGUUGAGGUCAUGGAUCGCCAUAAAUCUGAGUUGCCGCUCCAAUCACAGCCUGGAUUGCCUUAUCCUAUGCAGCGAUCUCAAACUGCGCCUGCUACUAAACAGACUUCGUCUAACAAACUCAAAAAAUUACUUGGCGAUGAUGCACCUUUGACUGCAGAAGCAGUGGCAGCCAGUACACCAACGAAACCCACAGCAGAGGAACGCCCUGCUUUCCUUGAAUACGACUAUGGACCCAAUGAUCUUGUAUUCAACAUGGAAGGCAAUGUCAAAGGUGGUACCUUGCCUGCCCUUGUGGAGCGACUCACCUUACAUGACUACUUGGACAUGAACUUUAUUAACACUUUCUUGUUAACUUACCGAUCUUUCUGCAAUUCUAUGAAAUUGAUGGACUUGUUAGAAGCCAGAUACAAUCUGAAAUGCCCGCCUGAUUUAACUGAAGAAGAAGCAUCUGUAUGGGAAGAAAAGAAAUUGAAACUCGUUCGACUUCGUGUGUUCAACGUGCUCAAGAAUUGGCUUGAAUUCUAUUAUUAUGAAGACGAUAGUGUUCUUCUAGACCGCCUCUUGGACUUUACACAGACAAAUAUUCGCAAUACGCUUAAGUUUUCAAACGGUCAGUUGGAAUCAUUGAUCGAAAAGCGUCGCAAUACAAAGGCCACCGAGAACGGCAGUCUAAAGAAAAUGAUCUUGACUUUGCCCGACCCGCCGGAGCCUAUUCUGCCUAAAAACAGACGCCGAUUUAAGCUGUUAGAUAUUGAUCCACUCGAAAUGGCAAGACAACUUACGAUCAUGGAUUUUAAGUUUUACAGUGCUAUUCGACCCAUUGAAUGUCUGGACAAGGCCUGGUCUGUUCAAGACGAUGAAAACAAUCUGGCUGUCAAUGUGCGUGCUUCGAUUGAAUACUGUAACCAAGUGACUUCAUGGGUCUCUGAUGUUAUCCUAAGUCAAACUGAUAUCAAGAAGAGAAGUGUCUUGAUCAAGUAUUGGGUACAAGUAGCAGAGCGAUGUCGAGCUCUUAAUAACUUCAAUACAUGUAUGGCUAUCUUGUCUGCGUUUGACAACAGUUCUGUAGGUCGAUUAAAACGUACCUGGGAAGCUGUAGGCACAAGGACAACUCAAAUUUUGCAAGAUAUCCGUAAACUGAUGGGUGCCAAUCGUAACUUUAAUGCCUACCGUGUCUUUAUUCACUCUAUCAAUCCACCCUGUAUUCCCUUUUUGGGUAUAUACCUCCAAGAUUUAACAUUUAUUGAAGAUGGUAAUUCAAAUGAACUCAAGAAGAGCAAGGAUUUGAUUAAUUUUGCCAAGAGAGCCAAAACGGCUGAAGUCAUUCGAGAAAUUCAACAAUAUCAGUCUUCUUUAUACCAAUUAAAGCCAGUAGAGGAGUUGCAAGACUUUAUCAAGCACAAUUUGAAGAGUACCCGAGAUGAAGAACAACUGUAUAAAGAAAGUCUAAAACUAGAACCAAGAGAACGUGAAGAUGAAAAAAUCACUCGUCUUUUGCAAGAAUCUGGAUUCUUGUAAGCUAUAUACACCAAGAAAAAAGUCUCUUCAUUCAUUUCGUUUUUUUUAUAUAUCUUAUUUAUUCUAAUCUCUUUCUGUCUUUCUUUUCUCGCUCUCAUUACACAACACUCUCCUUUGUUAUAUAUUUAUAUUUAAUUCAUAUGUUAAAAAAAAAUUAAGCAGCAUUUUGACAUAAACACAAGCCUUGUCAGCUACUUUCUUGAUUUUUCAAAAUAAACGGUCAAACCAAUAUGUUAAAG